UUUUCUCACUAAAGCGGUUUUAAGUUUGCGCUCUUAUUUUGAAUUAAGUAGCCACAUUUCCGGUAUUAGCCUAGCUGUCUCUGGCUAACGUGACGCAGCUUAAAACGAAGCUAGUUGGUGCUGUGGACUCCUCCUCUGAGUUAACAUCUCGUUGGUUGGAAAUUUCUGGGACACACCCACGGUAUUAAGUGAUAUGGCCUGUCUAUACGGGGCCUGAUGGAAUGGAUAAUCUCUGAGUGAGGAGGAUGCUGAGUCGAACAGAACACAGAGGUGUGUGCAGGUUGCUAUCAUCAGUGAUGUCAGGAACAGAGUCUCACACAGACAGGGAGGAGGACUACAGGUUCCUCCACAGCAUGUUGAUGGAGAAGAAGCUUCACCUGCUCUUUAAGAUCCACGAGCGGCUGAAGCGGUUUGAGAAGCGAAGCCCUAUCCCGGUCCAAGAGCAUGCCGCGAGUCUGGCUUCAGAUUUAGCAGAGGAGCUAAUAUACCAAGACUGCAGAGAUGAAGUCAAAGAACUGGUUGCCCUUUUUUCCAAACCCAACUUUAAGGGUCUGCUGUCUGUCCAUGACGCUGUAGCUCAGAGAGACUUUGAGCCUACUCUGCAACCAAUACCUGAUGAUGUACUGGAGGAGGACGAGGAUUCUGUCAAAAUUGUCAGUCUGGUCAAAACCAAAGACCCCCUGGGGGCAACAAUUAAGAGGGAUAAAUCCACGGGGGCUAUUGUUGUGGCAAGGAUCAUGAGGGGAGGUGCAGCUGAUAAAAGCGGCCUGAUCCAUGAAGGAGAUGAGCUGAAAGAGGUGAAUGGAGUCUCACUGGAGCACAGGAAGCCAAAGGAAAUCCUUACUCUUCUGGCUCGUUCUCAUGGUGAAGUUACAUUCAAAAUCAUUCCUGCUUCCGCCAAGGAAGAAAAGUCAGCACAUAAGAAGCUGUUUAUGCGGGCUCUGUUUGACUAUGAUCCUAACGAGGAUCCCACCGUUCCGUGCAAGGAUGCAGCGGUAGCAUUUGAAAGGGGUGAUGUCCUCCAAAUUGUCAGCAUGGAUGAUGACACCUGGUGGCAGGCCUGUCACCUGGGCGACAACAACACUCGGGCAGGUCUCAUCCCCUCGCAGCAGCUCCAUGAGAGGAGAGUUGCACUACACCGACCUAAAGCCCUGUUCAAGCCUCGACGAGUCAAACGGCCAGAUGAGGGGGAAGUCCUGGAGGACAUAGUCCACGGAGCUAUAACAGGGAUCCACAUUGCUGGUUUAAGAAGGAGUUUCCGACUCGGGAGACAGAGCAUUCUGGACGGAGAAGCGGCUCGGUCCAGGAGGUGGCGCACGGGGGUACACAGCUCAGUUUGUCCCCCAACCUAUAUAGAGGUUAUCCCCUACCACAGAGACCCCAAGGAGAGACACCGUCUGGUCGUUCUGGUUGGGCCCAGCGGCGUUGGCGUUAAUGAACUGAAGAGGAGGCUCCUGAUCUCCGACCCUGACCACUAUGGCGUCACUGUCCCGCACACCACACGUGAGAAGAGAAGGCAGGAGAACGAAGGGGUGGAUUAUCAUUUUGUAUCAAUUCACAUGUUUGAAGAGGAUAUUCUUAAUAAUAGGUUUGUAGAAUACGGGAGACACAGGGGACACUACUAUGGAACAAGUCUAGACUCUGUGCACAGAGUGAUGGCUGAGGGAAAGGUUUGCCUCCUCCAUGUGCACCCAAAUAAAAUAAAGCAUGUGUACACAUCUGAAUUCAAACCGUACGUGGUGUUUGUGAAGCCUCCGCAUAUACAGGAGCUGCGCCACACCCGACGGAGAGCUGAAUUAAUCUGCACUGAAGAGGACAAGAACUCAGUCAGGAUCUUUUCAGAGGAGGAUUUUGAGGACAUGAUUAACUCGGCUGAAACUAUGGAGAGCCAGAGCGGUCAGUUGUUUGACAAGGUGAUCGUUAACGGAGAUAUCGCCGUGGCAUUCAGAGAGCUGAAGGCGGCCCUCGAGAAAGUAGAGGAGGCAGAAGUCCAGUGGAUUCCUGCAGAGUGGAUUUGCUCUUCACCAACAAAAUCACGGAGAAGUUGUGGUCAGUUGGACAGCUGGAUUUAAAGAUUGAACUUAAAAGGACAAAAAAAAAUGUUUCUUAAUUACAUGUAGUUUGCCUACAUGCAAGCAUUUUUGUCAUAUUUUAAAUAUUUUUACGUUUGUAAACAACUCCUGUGAUUACCACAGUUUUCCAUAGUGUCCCUUAGUGUGUAUCUAAUUAGGCAAACAGAAUCCAUCUCUCUCUCCCUCCGUCUGUCUGUUAGACAGUUCUUUCUGUUGGCAUUUGGCUAAAAAAACAUUGGCUUGCAGGACAGAAAAGAAGAAGAAAAGAAAAAAGCUUGUGGCUGAGUGUAAUCCUUCCCUGCCAAAUCGCAAACAUCAGCAUGUAAUUAUUCUGACAGCUGCUGCACUUCAAUUAACUGUAAUGUACACCAGAGAAAUAUUAUUAGUAGCAGUCAAGGAGGCAUCGCGCCAACAACAUGCUGUACAAAAUAGGGACACAAACGAAAGAUAACAGUCAAUUAAAGACUGCAGAUGAAGAGGGAAAACUUUUUUAAUGGCUGUUAGUUUCAGAAUUGUGUACAUAUUGUAGAUGAGGACUAUUGAUUCUUCAACGUGUGUGUAUGUUUCACAAUUAUUGUACUGUACACACUAUAGACACUUGGUUGUUAAUGGUUGUUGUUUUAAGGGGUUGUAAUUUUUAGCACUAGAAAUCAACCCCAUUAUGGACCAUUAAUUGUAAAGAAGUUUUUUUUUUUAAUACACAACCAUAUUGAAACAAUUAUGAAUAAUUGGCAGGAACUCCCCAUUAGUGACACUCCAUUAACAAAUACUCAUAUUUGAGCAUCACAGCUGCCUGACGGGUGCACAUUCUACUGUUCUGCGUCACACAAGCUGCUUAAUCUUUUUGAUGGCUGCAUUCCUCCACAUUCAUGGUGUUUCCUUCCUCUUUUUGGAUGCUGUGUGCAAUUGGGUGUGAAGGAGUGUUAAUGUGUCUAUCAUGUCUGGUUUGGGAGGAAGAGGGAGCAGCGUGAUGUGGGGAGAUGGUAAUGGCUUUCUAGGGACUUGGGCCUUCGCAGACGUACAGAGUAAAAGUUAUGACCACACAUAAAAGCUUACUGUAAAAGCAUGGUGAGGCCAUAGUGGAUUAGGCUGCAGGGAAAAAUAGCACUGCAUUUUAUUUUACAGUUAUUUAUUUUACUUUGGCAGGCUUAUUGUCGGUGUAAAAUAGAUGAGUGGAGAUGUACUCAAAAACGUACAAACCAGACUGUCACAACAGUCGCACGUCUGCCAGGCUUGAAGCCUGACCUCAGCCAAAACGUGGCAGCAUAACUUCAUCCCACCACUGAGAAUCUGCAGGCACCCUCUGAGAUCAUAACAAUGCCAUUUAAGACACCGGAGUGAUCCAAUGAAAACCCACCGUUCUGUGUUCACUGAGGCUCCAACUUCAAACAUUACACAGCAGUAUGAUGUCAAUUGGUCUCGGCUAAUUUGGCUCAAUCAUGUAACUGUCUAUUCAAAGUAUGUAAAAAUAAAUACGACUGAUGUUAAACAAUAUCUCCAUCGUUGCAUGAAAUAUUCAUAACCUGCAAUGCGGUAAGGCACAUGCUGAAAGCACAUGGGAGUUAAUUAUACAAACCUAAAGCACGAAGGGGGGAAAGGUUUUCAGUUCAUUAAAUAGAAAGUCAUCUACUGAUUCAUAUUUCCUAACACUGACACAUUAAAGCCAGAAUAUGUAACUUUUGAAAGGAGAACUAACACAAUGUGUCUCUAACUAAUGAGCAAUUUAAUUCAUUAGCAAUAAAACGCAACCUUGAUCAAUUCAAUACACUCACAGUCUAUGGUUUAAUUACAAAAGUCAAACAGAAAGUGAACACACCUGACCUGAGACCAGAAGACAUGUUUGUCACCCAAAUAUGAUGUCUUUAGACCUGCAAAGCUAUAAACACAACACUGACAGUUCACCCCCGUACAGAGUUGGUAUUGUACGUAUUAGCAAAUAAUUUCUCAUUCAUCACUCUCCUGUUUGUUUUGUCUUGGUGUACACCAACUCCUGAGACAAAUAUCUGGUUCUUUAGUUUAAAGAGCUUUUUUCUCUUCGCCAUCAGGACUCUGAACCACUCCUUCUACCCCCCCCCCCCCCUUCCUCACAAGCAUUACCCUGAUUGUGUCCUGUUGUUGUCCAUUUAUGUGUUUGUGAUGUAGAGAAUAACAUACUGUACCGAAAACAAAUUCCACCGGCCUUGGUCGUGGGGCUAAUAAACAAUCUAUCUAUCUAU